AUUGCUAUACACAGUGCUGAACGUUACCGAAGAACCCAAUCCGUAUAUCACUUUAAGCUAUAAGAAUAUCCUACUGGAAAUACAUUGACGAAGUGGAGUUAUUCGAACUUCAGAAGAAUUUGAACUUGCAGAAGAAGAUUCCUCGAGCUUAGCAAAGAGAAACAAAGAAUAAUGUCUCAAAGACAACAGAACGUUAAACUUGCUGGUUCAGGCAAGUCAAUAUCAAUGAGUGCCAUAAAAAGCGAACGUGAAAAGGAGUCGUCUGUGCGCACCCUCUCAAUCCCCGAUCAACACCAAAGGAAAGAGAGCUGCUCCGACGAAGAAGGCAAUGCUAUACGAGAGGAGGCAGAAGGCUCCGAUUGUCAACCAAAACCACUCGAGAACCUGAACAAAGCAACGGCGAACCUGGGCCACGAGUCUGCCAACUCGCGGGCUUUUAGAGAAAUGUACCAACGUGGGUGCGCCUCAAAAUACAGUAUGGCUGAUUAUCUUAUUACUGGAGGAACUGGUUAUGUACCAGACGAUGGAUUGACAGGAGCCGCUAUGUUAGCCAACGGAGAAGGCCU